CGGUCCUUGGUUUUUCCCUCUAGAACUUUAUAUACACAAAUGCUUCCCUGUUGCUUAUUCCCCAAAACAAAAAAAAAAAACAAAAAAAUCAAAGUCAAAUAGACACAAGAGAAGAAACUCUGAGUUUUAACUCAACCUUCAACAAAAUCCAUGGCUGUAGCUGAUCAAAAGCAGAGCCAAUGCCCAACUGUUUCUUCUCCCAAGAAGCGAGGGCGGCCAACAAAGACCAUGGGAAGGCUGUUGCUGAAAAAAGUUCCGGGCUUUAACCAAAUGGCCGAUAAGCAAGCAGUCAAUAAUAAGAAGUUACAAGGUCCUAAGCGGUUGAAGAGAGCAACAGUAGACAGCUUAUAUGAUACAUUUGAAGCUCAGUCUUGUGUAUUAGAACAAGCAAAAGAGAUUCAAGCAAAUCUAGAGCCUGAGUUCCCUAGCCUUGUCAAGACUAUGCUCCCAUCAAAUGUUACUGGUGGAUUUUGGCUGGGUCUCCCAAAGCACUUUUGUCGUGCACAUUUGCCUAUGCAAGAUACAACAAUUGUUCUGGAAGAUGAAAGUGGGGAAGCAUUUGAAACAAAAUAUCUUGCGGAAAAGGUGGGACUAAGUGCUGGAUGGAGAGGGUUUUCCAUUUCUCACAAAUUAAUGGAGGGAGAUAUUGUCGUUUUCCAUUUAGUCAAGCCUUCCAAAUUUAAGGUCUACAUUGUCAGAUCAAAUGGUUCGGAUGAAGUGGAUGGUGCUCUUGCCCUCUUGAAAUUGGAUGCUGGCAUGAAACUUAUGAAGUACGAUAAGGAUACUAGGGCUUGUGAAGAGCCAGUAAAUGAGGCUUUGAAGACUCUUUCUCAAGAAAAUACUCAAAAGAAUAAUAUUAUGGUCUGUGUUACUGAUCCUGGGCCUAUAGUGGAUCUUUCAGAAGAUGACAGUGAUAUUGGCUCAGAAAUUUUGGAUGGAAUCAGACUAUCAGAUUCCGUGGUUGAUUUUAAACAAGUUAGAGGCAUUGAAGAUUUUGCUGUUCUUGUUAAUGGUCUGGUUAUAAACUCUGAGCUCCCCAAAUUCCUUCUGACCAAGUACUUUGAGCUCUGUUGCAGUCAGAAAUCAUUUCUUCAUGAACAUCUACUUGAGGGUCUUAACUGUAAAUUGGCGGCUGGAAUGAUUUCCGAGACUAUUAAUGUUGCUGAUGCCAUUAGAGCCUGCAAGAUUUCCACUUCACAAGAAAGUUUGUCCACUUGGGACAAGACUUUGAAAGCCUUUGAGGUGUUAGGCAUGAAUGUGGGCUUCCUGCGUGCUCGGCUAGAGCAGCUUUUGAAUAUUUCACUGAAAUUAAAGAGGUAUAAAGAAGCUACACUUGUAAGAGCUCAAGCAGAAGAGGAGGUGCAAACUUUGGAGGCAAAGCUUUUGGAAGUAAAGGAGAAAAUAAAAAGCCUUGAUGCUGAGAUUGAGAAUCUAGAUGUUGCUGCUGACAAGCUUGAGCUUGUGUUCCAAGAAGUGGCUAAUGCCCCUUGGUAACGAGGAGCUUUUCUGUCAUUGAUUCGCAACUUUUUUGUAAACUAGAGGUGUAUGUUCCAGGACUAGGAAUAUUCAGUGCUUCAUGGUGAAGAGAUGUUUUGUAAGUAUAAAGCUUUUUUGUGAAAUUCCACGCACAUCAAUUCACAAAGGAACAUUGUAUAUCAGCACAGUAACUUCAAGCUGCUUUCUUUUUGUAAGUUAUAAGUUAAUUGGGCUAUUUAUAGCAGUGAUCACUGUAGACACUGAUGCUCCUGAUGCAGUCAUCAACUGCUAGUAAUGGCCAGAAUAUGUACGUAUUGGUUCUCUCUUUUUGUAAGCCUCUGGAUUACAUAUGAUAAAGAUGUAACUAUUGGAGAGUUUUAUGAGCUA